AUGGCUUUCGAGUACUUAGGAUACACCCUAUUUCGGAGCGAGCGGGAAUCUAGUCCUCCAACAGUGGAUCGACGUGUGUUGAGAAAUGUGGACAAACUAUUUCAUUUAGGACCAACGGAGUUCAAGAAAUUGUAUCGCUUAAGUCCAAACUUGGCAGAUGACCUAGUUUGGCAGCUUGAUGGGCAUCUAAGAGGCUCAAGAGUAACCGCCAUAGAGACGGAAAAACAGGUCUGUUAUCUGAAAAUUUUAGAUGUGAAUGCUAGAUAUCCUGGAGCACGUCACGACUCAUUUAUUUGGAGCUCAUCUGCAGUACGAAGAGUAAUGCAACGAUCAUUCGAAAAUGGUCACCAUAAUAUGUUUUUAAUAGGCGAUUUUGGCUAUCCGUUGGAGCCAUGGCUGAUGACUCCUUUGUCAAAUCAGUCAGAGGGAACCCCGAAAUAUCGCUACAAUGAGGCAUUGUGCAAGGCUCGCAAUCCAGUGGAGAGGCUAUUUGGUGUCCUUAAAGCAACUUGUCGAUGUCUAUCACGGCAAAGGGUUCUUUUAUAUGAUCCAGGAUUUGCUGGAAGAAUCGUCAGUGCGUGCUCUGUACUGCACAACAUUCGCUUGUACGAGCAAACGAACGAGUUCAAUGAUGUUUUUUCGGACACCGAUGGUUUGUUUUCAGAGCCAGCAGCGGAGAACAUUUGG